GUUCGAUGACGAAGCAGAAGCACCAGUUCCAAUUUCGCAAAGAGUGAAAGACAUCACCAACUCCACACGUGACCACCAGGUCCUUGCCACUACCACCAACAUGGCCUCGAAAAGGAUCAAUGUCUUGAUCUACUCUGGGCCUAGCACAUCGCUACCGUCAAUACGGCACGCAACGUGGACCCUACGUCGUUUGCUCGGACCUAACUAUGCUGUGCACACACUGUCAGCAGAGCAACUGCUCAAAGAGCCAUGGCCGUCGACAUGUGCGCUCCUCGUUAUCCCCGGAGGUGCGGACAUGGGCUACUGUCGCAGCCUCAAUGGAGCUGGUAACCGACGCAUUAAGGCCUAUGUCCAAGGUGGUGGCAAAUAUAUAGGACUUUGCGCCGGAGGCUACUACGGCAGCGCCAAAUGCGAAUUUGAACUUGGACGAAAAGGCUGGGAGGUGGACGGCGCCCGAGAGCUUGCCUUCUUUCCCGGCAUCUGCAGAGGUCUGGCCUUUCCAGGCUUUGUAUAUGGCAGUGAGAAGGGUGCCAGGUCGGUGAAGGUGGCCACUGCACAAGGCACAUUCAACUCAUACUACAAUGGUGGUGGCGUAUUCGUCGAUGCCGAAAGACUCGCGGACAGAGGUGUAGAAGUGCUUGCAGUAUAUGAUGAGGAACUGGCAGUGGACAGCGGCGCAGUCAAAGCUGCCGCUGUCUAUUGCAGAGCUGGAGAAGGAGCUGCUGUGCUCACAGGGCCGCAUCCUGAAUUCGCCGGCAUCAACCUCAAUCGGAAUGAACCAACGAAUCCCGACUAUGGCAAAAUCGUCGACGCGCUUCUUGCCACUGACUACCAACGAACAGAAUUUCUCAAGACCUGCUUGAGCAAACUUGGGCUCGAAGUGAGCCAGGAAGCACAACCGGUACCGUCUCUCUCUCCUAUCCACCUCACCUCCAUGUACCCCGCCGAGAUCGACGACCUCAUCGUCUCAUGGGUGAAGACUGGCCUGGUCACAAGUGAAGAUGGCCAAGGUAUCCUAAGAGGCGAGAAUGACACAUUCCGUUUCCCAUACAAUGUGAUCUUUGGUACCGAAAAGCCGCCUGUCCUGCCAGAAGAGCCUUUCGACCCAGUAAAAGAUGCAAUCAGAACAAAUGGCGCUUCGCACACAAGCAAUGAUGUUGGUAACCAGACUGACGGAGCUGAGGACAGGAUUCCCGACUAUAACGCCGUUGAGAAGAUCCUCGUUGCGCAUUCGCGUGGCUAUCCUCAUAUCAAGACAACACCACACUUCCGGCAUCUGGAAUUCUACGAGUGGCUACUCAAGUACCGACAAAAGGAUCGCAGUGGUAUCAUGGGUGACUUCGGCCGAGUGCUGCUCUACGGAGAGGUGGUCACAUCUACACAGACUCUUCUCGAGAAGAAUGUCACUAUGCUCUCGCAGCUUCCCAUCGGCACAACAGCUGUCGCAACGACACAAGUCUCCGGCCGAGGUAGAGGCACCAACGUCUGGGUAUCUCCUCCAGGCAGCAUGAUGUUUAGCACUUCCUUCAAGCACCCUUUCUCCCUUUCCACGUCCGCACCGGUAGUCUUCGUACAAUACGUCGCAGCCAUGGCCAUUGUCGCAGGAAUCCAGAACUACGACCGAGGCUACGACAGACUACCCAUCAAGCUCAAAUGGCCCAACGACAUCUACGCUUUAGCACCAAACACAACCAAAUCUCCUAGCGAUCCCACAGCAUACGUCAAAAUCGGUGGCAUCCUCGUCAACUCCUCUUAUUCCGGAGGUGACUACACCUUAAUCGUCGGCAUCGGCCUCAACCUCUCCAACGCUGCUCCCACAACCUCCAUUAACGACCUCGCGCAAAAAGCAGGCUUACAACCCCUCAGCUACGAACGUCUUCUUGGUUCUGUCCUCACCAAUUUCGAAUCCCUCUAUGCUCGAUUCUGCCAAUUAGGUUUCAAUCAGAAUUUCGAGAAGUUGUACUAUGAGCAAUGGUUACAUAGUGGACAAGUCGUCACACUGGAAACUGAAGGUGGUGCGAGAGCGAGGAUUAAAGGUAUUACGAGUGAUUGGGGGUUGUUGGUUGCGGAGGAGCUAGGAGAGAAUGAUCGAAGGACGGGGAGGAUGUUUGAGUUGCAGAGUGAUAGUAAUAGUUUUGAUUUCUUUCGGGGGUUGUUGAAGAAGAAGGUCUGAUCAAGAGAGUGAUGGGCGAUGUGCUGAAGAGC